AUUAGGCUUUGUAAGGCGGGAAAAGAAGACAGAGAAGAACGGCAGAGGGAGAGGAAGAGAGAGAACGAGAGAGAAAAACGUACAGAAAUGGCGAACAAGCUGAUCAACGAGAUGGGACUGCCCAAGCCGAUAGAAAACAUAUUCGCCGCGCGUAACAUCAGAACGGCCAAGGACGCACUAUCAUUGACUGAAUUUGAUUUGAUGGAGUUGUUAGAUGUGAGGUUUGCAGAUGUCACAUCUGCCAUUGCACACAUCAGCGAGAUUACCUGUCCACCGUAUCAAACUGCGCUAUCACUAAUGGAGGGCCAAAUUCACCAUGAGCUCUUUUCAGGUCACCUCCCCACUUGUCUGAGAGGCUUAGAUGAGGCCUUAUGUGGAGGAGUUCCUUUCGGUGUUUUGACUGAGCUGGUUGGUCCAGCUGGAAUUGGAAAAACACAGUUUUGCCUCAAGAUCUCACUACUGGCUUCAUUGCCUGCGAGCUUUGGAGGAUUAGAUGGCCAUGUAAUAUAUGUUGAUGUAGAAUCAAAAUUCAGUUCAAGAAGGCUGAUUGAAAUUGGAGCGAAAAGUUUCCCCGAGUUGUUUCAAACAAAAGGACUGGCACAGGAGAUGGCUGGUAGGAUCCUUGUUUUGCAGCCGUCGUCACUUGUUGCCUUCACCGAAAGUUUACAACAGAUCAAGGUUUCACUCCUCGAAAACAAGGUGAAGUUGCUUGUCAUUGAUAGCAUGGCUGCUCUUCUUUCAGGGGACCAUAAUCAGGGGGCUCCCAGACAACUUCCAUUGGGCUGGCAUAUUUCUUUUCUCAAGUCACUUGCUGAAUUUUCACGGAUUCCUGUUGUUGUAACAAACCAAGUGAGAUCUCAAAGCACUGAACUCUGCCAGUUUCCUUUCCAAGUUAACAAGAUGAAUGAAACAUUAGAGAAUUCCACAAGAAGUGAUUCUCAUCUUGUUGCUGCUUUGGGGACUAACUGGGCACACGCUGUGACCAUUCGUCUGGUGCUUGAAGCUAGAUCAGGUCAGAGGUAUAUUAAGGUGGCAAAAUCUCCAAUAUCGCCACCUCUAUCUUUUCCUUUCAACAUAACUUCCUCUGGCAUUUCGUUGCUGAGUGAUGAGGGUACAGAACUCACUGGACAAGAUAUAUACACGAUUAGUGGUCAAGGACAUAAUGAUGUUUUAAGGCUGCACGGGGACAGUUUGCUGUAAUCAACCAGGAUUGAGGGUGCUGUCUUCAAAAUGAAGGCAUGUUCCUUCACGUUGGUACCUCAGUUGAACUGUCUUUAUUGUUUUUACUGUUUUGAGAAAGCAUGAUUUGCAAUUGGGUAUUCACUAAUUGUUAUUACAAUUAUAUUCUAUUUAUA